CGUCAAAAGGGCAAGCAUCCUCAAAAUGCUGUGAGGGUAAGAUAGAAAUAUCAAAUAGCGGUGUGGUUUCUCGCGGGAAGAACAAAAUAAUUAUCCCCUUUUCCCGCGUUAAUAAACCAAGUACUGUAAAAUUCCAUAAUUUUGUUGUUUGAUUUUUAGCUGUAUCAAUGGCGACUGUCAACCUUGAAAAAAAUCCUAAAAAUUCAGAACUGAGAGGAAGCAUGGGCGAGGAAAACCCUAAAAUUGCAGAAUGCGAAGCUCAUGUACAUGAAGAGAACCCUAUAAUUCCAGAGACCAAGGUUCACGUAGAUGGAGAAAACCUUAGAAUUUCAGAAACCAAGAGCGACGCAGAUGGAGAAAACCCUAGAAAUAUGGAGAACCACGGCAUCGAGAAAGAGAAGAGCGCUAGUGUUUCGAGUUCAUGCCCUGAAAACGACGCAAAAAACCCUAAAACGAAGAAGCAGAAGCUUGAAAUACUGGGGUAUUCAAUAGAAGGCUUAUCAAUUGGAGGGCAAGAGACCUGUAUAAUGUUUCCAAACCUAAAGCUGGCAUUUGAUAUUGGAAGGUGCCCUCAGAGAGCAAUUAAUCAGGAUUUCCUCUUCAUUUCCCAUGGCCAUAUGGAUCACAUAGGUGGACUUCCCAUGUAUGUUGCUACUCGAGGCCUGUAUCGUAUGAAGCCCCCAACCAUCUUUGUCCCGGCAUCCAUAAAACAACAUGUUGAGAAGCUGUUUGAGGUUCAUAGAGCGAUGGAUGAUUCAGAACUUAAACACAACCUUAUAGGCCUGAAAGUGGGGGAAGAGUUUCAGUUUAGAAGGGACCUUAUAGUUAGAGCUUUCAAGACCUACCAUGUCAUACCAAGCCAGGGUUACAUUAUUUACUCUGUGAAACAAAAACUGAAGAAGGAGUAUGUUGGUCUUUCUGGAAAUGACAUUAAGAGGUUGAAGUUCUCAGGUGUGGAGAUCACAGAUACUGUGUUGGCCCCUGAGGUUGCUUUUACAGGAGAUACUAUGGCUGAUUUCAUUGUUGAUCCAGACAAUGUUGACGCGUUAAAAGCAAAGAUUCUUGUCAUGGAGAGUACCUUUGUUGACAGCAUGAUGACCGUAGAGCAUGCAAGAGAGUAUGGUCACACCCAUCUCUUUGAGAUAGCAAAACAUGCAGAUAAGUUUGAGAACCGAGCAAUACUGUUGAUCCAUUUUUCGGCUCGUUACAGACCAGAGGAAAUAGAGGCAGCAGUGGCUAUGUUGCCUCGAAACUUAGAUGGCCGAGUUUUCGCUCUUACAGAUGGUUUUUGAAUCGAGCUCUCCUAGAACCGUUAAUUAUUUGUUUUGUUACUUAUAGGUUAAUUCUCCACUGAUGCCAAUAUUAUGUUUUCUUUACGUUAUCUCCUUUGUUUUGUUUCUCAAUUCUACCAUGAUUUAUACUGGACUACUAACAAUCAUCUAUAUGGUUGACUGAGAAAUUCCAUUUUAAGGGACAAUGUUAUCGACAUUGGAUCA